AUGGAAAUAUCAACACGAUCCGACAAGUCAACACCAAUCUCACUUCUCCAGACAAUCAUCAAACCAUUCCGCCCCCAUCUAAUCAAACCUAAGAAGGAGUUACCAGCCGGAUCACCAUACCUCGACGUCCACAAGACUGCAAAGAAACGUUGCAAUGUGACCGAAAGACAAAUAGAAGGGAUAUGGCUCUACGACAUGAAGCCCAAGAUACUCUCAUCGACGAAAGAGGGAUCUGGGAUGAAAAGGAGGAACAUAAUAUACUUUGCAGGCGGAGGUUGGCAGAUGCCGCCAAGUCCCGAGCACUGGAAACUCUGCGCUGAGCUAUGCUAUCGGGUGCCGAACACAGUUGUGACGAUUGUAUCUUACCCUUUGGCGCCCAACUCGCCUGCUAAAGAUUCAAUGGUCAUGCUGGAAAGACUAUACCCAUAUCUGUUACCAGUCACUGAAGCGGAGAAGGAGAUGUCAGAAACCAUCUUUGCCGGUGACUCUGCAGGAGGAAACGUAGCUUUGGGCCUGAUAGUCAAGGUUCUUUCGUCCACACCAUCGGCACCAGUCCCUCAAAAACUGGUCUUGAUAUCUCCAGCGGUCGACCUGAGGAAGCAGCCUGUGCCUUCGUCACCAUUUGAGAAGCAGUUGGUUGCAGCGGACAAAAAGGAUCCACUUUUGGGUAUCGAUUUUACGAAUGGUACGGCGGAGAACUGGAGUCGUGGGGCUGAUCCUGAGACGUCUUGGAUCUCGCCUGUGCUGGCCGAUGUGAAUGUGUUCAGGGAGAGGGGAGUUGCUAUUUAUGGCAUUACUGCAGGCGCGGAUGUGCUGGCACCACCAGCGAGACAUCUUGCAGAGCUUUGUAAGGAGCAGGGUGUUGUGGGUAGAUGGCUGCAUUGGGAGGGCUUGAUGCAUUGUUUUGUGUUGGCAUGGACCUAUGGAAUCAAGGAGGGCAAGGAAGGAUUAGAGUGGCUGGUCAAGGUUAUGGAAGAGUAA